AUGAGCCUCGCGGUGCCGCCCCCCUUCCUGCCCGCUCCCGGGAAACCUGCUGUUCCAUGGAAGCAAUGGCGGCGGGUGUUCAACAACUACCUGCUGGCCACGGGAGGCGACGCCCACGGACCUGCUCGGACGAAGGCCCCACUUUUACACUGCCUCGGGGUGGAGGGCCAAAGAAUCUUUUAUACUCUUCCUGAGACGUUCCCUCCAGUACCGGAACCCAGUGAACCUCCUGCAGCCAAGCAGUCUCCCGCUGCACCGGACGAGUACGAUGUCGCUCUGGCGGCCUUGGAGAACUACUUCGCGGCGACUGCCAAUGUGGUCGUGGCACGAAACCGCUUCGGGCAGCGAGCAAAGCUCCCCAGGGAAUCCAUCGACGCAUUUGUUGCCGAACUACGGGACCUGUGCCCGAACUGCGAACUUGGAUCCAUGGCGGACGAGUUCAUCCGAGACCAGCUGGUAGCAAAGACUUCAAGCCAGCAGCUACGAGAACGCCUUCUUCUGGAAGGUUCUGGUCUCACGCUGGACCGGGCGCUGGUCAUCGGGCGUCUGGUCGAAGAAGCAGUCCGCUACUCCAAGAAACUCGUAUCGUUUUCAGCGGUGCAAAGGGUGGACGCUAAGAUUACACUGAACGUCAAACGACCACCGCGUUUACGGGAAGGUGGCAUAGUCAAACCAGCCUAA